CCCAUCCUCACUAGAGGUAUCCUACCUGCCUACCUAUCUUUUCUUCCCAGCUCCCACCCUUUUGACUCUUUUCUUCUUUUUCUUCUCCUUCCAACAGAAAGAAAUCCUCGCGACAAAACCACACAAUCUUGACAUUCGGACCAUAACUCAACAUUCCGGCAACACGAUUGCAUCUUUUCUUAUACCUCUGAACUGAGCUCGUCUCUUUAAUCCGCCCACAUGCACGGGCGCCCAUCCGUCUUCACCUCGCAGGAUUAUCUCUCUGACCACCUCUGGAAGUCCCAGUCUUGCUAAAGAACUUUCUUGAUCAACCGACUAUUCUCCUUCUAAACACAACUCAAACAACCGACAUAUAUCAAAAUGUUCUCCCGACUGGCUUCCUUUGCCAAACCCGCGGCCAAGUCCGCGUCGGCUUCUGGCCGAACCAUGCUUCAGGUCCGAUACCUGUCUGAGAAAGCUGUUGCUGGUAGCAAGGGCAGGACUAUGCCCUUCUCUGCUGCUCGAGCUACUGCUCCUGCUGCUUCUAUCCCCGCCACUCUCACCAUUCGAGACGGUCCUGUUUUCCAAGGCAAGGCUUUCGGCGCCAAUGCCAACAUCUCUGGUGAGGCCGUCUUCACCACCUCUCUUGUUGGUUACCCCGAGUCCAUGACCGACCCCUCCUACCGAGGCCAGAUCCUCGUCUUUACUCAGCCCCUGAUUGGCAACUAUGGCGUUCCCUCCGCCGUUAGAGACGAGUAUAACCUUCUCAAGUACUUCGAGUCGCCCCACGUUCAGUGUGCUGGUAUUGUUGUUUCCGAUGUCGCUGUCAACUACAGCCAUUGGACUGCCGUCGAGAGUCUUGGCGAGUGGUGCGCCCGAGAGGGAGUUCCCGCCAUCUCUGGCGUUGAUACCCGCGCUAUUGUCACUCACCUCCGAGAGCAGGGCUCUUCCCUGGCUAGGAUCUCCAUUGGAGAAGAGUACGAUGCCGACGAGGAUGAGGGUUUCGUUGAUCCCGGCCAGAUCAACCUGGUCAAGCGUGUCACCACCAAGGCUCCCUUCGUUGUUGAGUCCCCCGGUGCUUCUCUCCACGUUGCUCUGAUCGACUGCGGUGUCAAGGAGAAUAUCCUUCGUAGCCUGGUCAGCCGAGGUGCUUCCGUCACAGUCUUCCCCUAUGAUUACCCCAUCCACAAGGUCUCGCAGCACUUCGAUGGUGUCUUCAUCUCCAACGGUCCCGGUGACCCUACCCAUUGCCAGGCUACUGUCCACAAUCUCGCCCGCUUGAUGGAAACCUCCAACAUUCCUAUCAUGGGUAUUUGUCUCGGACACCAGCUUCUGGCUCUUGCUGUUGGUGCUCGCACCAUCAAGCUCAAGUAUGGUAACCGAGCUCACAACAUUCCCGCUCUCGACUUGACCACUGGCUUGUGCCACAUCACCAGCCAGAACCACGGAUACGCCAUCGAUGCGAGCACCCUCCCCAGCGACUUCAAGGAGUACUUCGUCAACCUCAACGACGGAUCCAACGAGGGUAUGCUCCACAAGACCCGCCCCAUCUUCUCGACCCAGUUCCACCCUGAGGCCAAGGGUGGCCCUAUGGACAGCUCUUACCUCUUCGACAAGUACCUCCAGAAUGUCCAGCUUGCCAAGAGCAACCAGGUGGUUUUCAAGGAUAACCGGCCUACCCCUCUGAUGCUCGAUAUCAUGAGCCGAGAGCGCGUCGGUGUUGAGCCUACUCCUCUUGCCGCUACUGCUUGAAUGACUAGUGUGAGAUGAUUUUGGCGUCUGGGAUAGGUCGUUGGUAACGUCUGUUAGUUUCUCGGGAGCAAGGAUAAUGGCUGCUAUUUUAAUGUUAUAUUCAGGAACAUUGGUCUUGAAAGGAAGAUUGUGAUACCACUACUGCACAUCAAGCCACCAUGUCGUAUGUCUUACGGAAUGUUCUGUAGUGAAUGACCCCCAAGCAAGUGCUGCAUCCAGCCUACAGCGUCUCAUUAAGUGAAGCCAAUGCUCUUACUCAAAAUGUGAAUCAGUUCGAACCAGUCUUCAGACUUAAAGCGGCAAUAAUAACAAAGUUACUCAAUUCACUGAUGUCUAAAACACCCGUUAUUUAUUUCCUUGCCUUUUUGCUGUCUCAACGCCGCCGUCCAUAUGAUACAGCUCCUGAUACCAAGUGCAUAAUGCAAAGUUAUUAAUGUGAA